GGAUGACCAAGCUCGACGACCUCCUGUAAGAAGCAGCAUAAACACACAAUCAUGGACGCCGCACGGCGAUUCUUCUACGGGCCAUCUCCCGAAGAGCAGCAAAGGAAAUGCAAGUCGCUCCUCCGAUCAAAUGACCGCAAACUCGACCGAGACCUCCAAAACCUCAAAGUCCUCGAAAACAAAACCCGCAGCCUAAUCGUCCAAGCCUCGAAACGCGCGCAACGGAAUCCAUCGCAAGCGAAGCAAGCGGCGCAGGAGACACGGAUAUUCGCGAGGGAAUUGUUGCGGGUACGGAAGCAGACACAGCGAUUGACGACGAGUAAGGCGACGCUGAAUAGCGUGGGAAUGCAAGUGAAUGAUGCGUUCGUGAUGAAGAAGAUUGAGGGGAGUAUCAAGAACAGCGUGGGGAUCAUGAAGGAUGUGAAUACGCUGGUUAAACUGCCGGAGUUAACGGGGACUAUGAGGGAGCUGAGUCAGGAGCUGGUCAAGGCUGGGAUUAUUGAGGAGAUGGUCAGUGAUUCGAUGCCGAAUCAAGAUUUGCUCGAGGCGGAGGAUGAGGAGGCUGAGACAGAGGUGGAUAAGAUUUUGAGUGAGGUGCUGAAAGAGCGUGUGCAAACUCCUGCUGCGCAAUUACCGACGGAGCCUGUUGGACCCGUGCAGACACAACCGGAGACGGAGGAAGAGGAGAUGGAUUCGGAGGAGAUGCUGGCGCAAAUGCGAGGGAGGUUGGAGGCGUUGAAGUCGUAG